CCACCGAUCUGCGCUCCAUUGAGGCUCCUGGUGCAGUCACUUCCGGUUUCUGGCUCCGCUUCCGGCUUUCGGUUGUUACAGGACACCGGGCGGGCCUCAGGCUGUUUGGACAGCUUAACCCAAAAGAUGGAUAUCAGACCAAACCAUACAAUUUAUAUCAACAAUAUGAAUGACAAAAUUAAAAAAGAAGAAUUGAAGAGAUCCCUGUAUGCCCUGUUUUCUCAGUUUGGCCAUGUUGUAGAUAUUGUAGCUUUAAAGACCAUGAAAAUGAGGGGGCAAGCCUUUGUUAUAUUUAAAGAAUUGGGCUCAUCCACAAAUGCCUUGAGACAGUUACAAGGAUUUCCAUUUUAUGGUAAACCAAUGCGAAUCCAGUAUGCAAAAACAGAUUCAGAUAUAAUAUCUAAAAUGCGUGGCACCUUUGCUGACAAAGAAAAGAAAAAAGAAAAGAAGAAAGCCAAAACUGUGGAACAGACAGCACUGACUGCUAAUAAGAAGCCUGGUCUGGGAGCACCAAAUUCAGUUAACCCCCAAGGAAAUGCAACGCCAAACCCUCAGGUCCCUGAUUACCCUCCAAACUAUAUUUUAUUCCUUAAUAAUUUACCAGAAGAGACUAAUGAGAUGAUGUUAUCCAUGCUGUUUAAUCAGUUCCCUGGUUUCAAGGAAGUACGUUUGGUACCUGGGCGGCAUGACAUUGCAUUUGUUGAAUUUGAAAAUGAUGGACAGGCUGGAGCUGCCAGGGAUGCUUUACAAGGAUUUAAGAUCACACCAUCUCAUGCCAUGAAGAUCACGUAUGCCAAGAAAUAACAUUUGGGAGAGUUGUCUUUAAAGGACUUGGAGUUAUUUAUAGUGUUUGUUUUCAUAACAAUUGGUCAGGCCAUUCUAAUAGUUGGGGCUGGAAAUGCAAGUAAAAUUUUUGUGUAGAUUUUUAAAAAUUACCUAUUAGUGAACUAUGAAAUGUGAAGGCCUUAAUUUUGUACAAUAAAGUUUUAUACAUAAUACUUCA